AAGAAAGCUGCUCGACAGAUUGACGAUGACUACGGCGAUGACGAUGAUGAGGACGAAGCAGAGGAUGCGGAUACCGAGAGUCCUCUCAAGUCAAAGGGCAAGGCUGCCAUUCCCAAUGGGGUUUCAAUCCCACCGUCGAAUCCGGUCCGGACACCAGCACCGGCCGUCAAGCCACCCACCCUUGGACGACCAAGCACAUCUACAACAUCUGAUAUGGGAAAGAGCUCAGAAGAGGUUCGGAAGCAACUGGAAGAGGACAAAAAGGCUGCGGCCCUUGCAGCGAGAUGGAGCUUUCAGAGCAUGUUCUACACUUUCGAGAGCGAUCGAGACGCGAUGCUGGAGCAGCAGAAGUUAGAUGAGCUGGACCGUGAAGUGGAGAAUGAGAUAUCGGGCGGACCCAAUGCGCCUGCGAAUGGCACAUCAUCCAAUGCGCCAGCUGCCAACACCGCAGGGACCACUCAAGGAUCACUAGGCAGCGCAGAUCUGGGCGCAUCCAGUCUUACGCUCAAGCACCUUAUUGCCCGGAUUGAUAUGAAACGAGACCAGGUUCGGGCCUCGGACAAUCAACUCAGGACCCUCAUCUCGGAAGUUAGAAAGGGCCGUAGCAAGUGGGCGAGCGAGGAUCGCGUUGGUCAAGAAGAGCUGUACGAAGCAUCGGAGAAGGUGCUCAUGGAACUCAAGGCGAUGACCGAGUACGCCCAACCAUUCCUACAGCGCGUGAGCAAGCGUGAAGCUCCAGACUAUUUCAACGUCAUCAAGACGCCCAUGGAUAUCGGCACGAUGAUCAAGAAGUUGAAGCAGCUCGCCUACAAGAGCAAAAAGGACUUUGUCGAUGAUCUCAAUCUCAUAUGGGCGAAUUGCUUGCGAUACAACCAGGAUCCUCAGCACGUUCUCCGUAAGAAGGCAUUGUAUAUGCGCAAGGAGACUGACAAGCUCACGCCUCUGAUCCCUGACAUCGUUGUGAGGGAUCGAGCCGAAGUCGAAGCGGAAGAGCGCAGAGCCCACCUGGACAAUGAAGACAGCGAUGAGGAACCGCUGAUUAUGGCGUCUCGAGGGCGGAAAGCUCCUAAGAAGGGCGCCCCAACAUCUGCGCGGAAAGGCCCACCAGCAGCAGCCGAUGAAUCUUCGACUCCGGCUCCUGAGUCGAAGCCCGCCAUGCAUGCCUCUGCGAGCAAUCUGCGGAACGACUUCUUACGAGCAGAUUCAGAGACACAGGACGCGCACUCAGCUGGCUUCAGCACCCCACCUCCCGGCCAAGCCACACCACAUGUCAACGGUGUUCAUACUGGUGGUGUGCAAAGUCAACCGGAUGUCAUGGAAAUUGACGGACUGGGUAACUCUGCUCUUGGCGCUCAUGAAGAUUUGGAUGAAGAUGACACAGAGUUCAAAACGUGGAAGCAAGUCACGAAAAAGGAUCGAGCGCAGGCCGCCGCAGAACGGAAUCGCUUAUUCCGAGGCAACAACCUGAAUCCAGACGAGCCUGCCUUGCUACGCAGUAAAGCCAUGAUGCGACGAUGGCAACGGCAGCAAAAGAUGCUUUCCAAGAAGCAGUCCACAGAUGCUGACACGAAUGAAGAGGUAGACAGCACGGAGCCUACAGCUGGCGGCGAGACCCUCGCCGAAGGGAUUGAAAAGGACGAAGAUUCGACGCUGCCCGACUACUUUGAUCCUCUCUCUGCGAUACCUGACUUGGAUGAGAAGUGGAAAUGGACGACCGACUCCGAUGGACAUGCAGUCCCGCACACAGAACAGUGGUUACGCAUGUAUCCCAAAGGACAUUUCACUGCUCCUCAGGGCGGGCUGACCAAGAGGCUGGAGAGCAAUAUUCGACAAGUUCAAGAUACCAGAAGGAUAUGUUCCAAGAUUGGUGUGGUCAAGCAAAUGCAAAUCCAGGCCCAGGCAAGUGCAACAUAUCAAAAUCAGUUCCCCAAAUACGAGAUGUCGCCUUUCGUAGAGCAGGAUGUCAGCGACGUUGUCGUGACAGAAGACGGCCCACUCAUGGCUCCGUGGGUCAACCGAGCUGCCUUUCAGCGAUCAGUGGGCAAGAUCUUCUAUCACGCCGGAUUUGAAGACUUUCAGCCGUCUGCUCUGGAGACCGUUACCGAUGUGGCGACCGCUUUCAUGGCGCGAGUCGGACACAGCUUGAAGGCGUACAGUGAACAGCCCAAGAUCGACGCCGAAACACCCCGAUUCACGUUCGAAGAACAGGUCUUACACGUGCUGGACGAGAAUGGCAUGGACAUUGAGGCGUUGGAAUCCUACGUUCGUGAUGAUGUCGAACGGCUGAGCACGAAGCUUGGCGUUGUCCAUGAAAGGAUGAAGUCGCAUCUGGCGGACCUUUUGCGACCUGCCUUGGGCGACCAUGCCGGUGCCGACGGUGUUGGCGCCUUCAACGAUGGCAGCGAGCAAUUCGUCGGCGGCGACUUUGCCGAAGAUCUGGACGAAGACUUCUUCGGUUUCCGCGAACUCGGUCUUGCAGCGGAAUUCGGCCUGGAGUCGCUUAGUGUGCCUCUCCAUUUGCUUCAGAAUCGCAUGCAUAGCGCCUACCAGGCACAGAAUGCUGGUCCAGUCAGCAGCACUGGUCUGGUGUUUGAGACACCAUCUCCAUACGAGCCUAUCACGCUGGACAACCUGUCCGACCAGAUUGGGUUGGUGCAGAACUUCUUCCGCGACAAGCUCCGCAACAAUCAUGACGAUCCGUUGGUGGAAGACGAGGAUCUUCCGCAGAAACAGAGAUUCCCGAAGCCAAGGUUACCACCGACUGGUAAGAUAUCGAGCCCGCGGAAGAGACCCAUCAGAGAACAGCAGCAGAUGGCGAAGAAGAAGCGGAAGUUGGAGGAGAAUGGAGGUGGUAGUGGAGAGAAGAGCAAUAAGACGUUGGGCAAAGCUAUUGGGCCGCUUCGUCUGCAGAUGCCUGAUCCGCAGGACGCGUUCGAUCCACAGAAGGACAGCGAAAAUGCGGUUAUGAUCAGUCCGGAGAGUCUUACGGGCAAUUGAGUGCAGAUCGAUUGAGGCAGGAU